AUGGCAACUCCCGAGACGGCGCCCGCGCCGCCGCAGAACAGCCUCGCCGACCAAAAUGCGCCAGCCACCCUCACAUCCGAACCGAAGACGAAGCUGCUCGGAAGAGACUUCUACAAGAGUAUUGGGAGUCCGAAGUACAUCAUUGCGCCCAUGGUAGACCGGUCUGAAUUCGCAUGGCGCAUGCUCACCAGGUCCUUCUUGCCCCCAGAGGAGCAGAAGCAAAUCCUCGCCUACUCUCCCAUGUACCACGCCCGCCUCUUCCGCGAACAGCCCAACGUGCGCGCGCAGCACUUCCACCCGACCCGCGCCGCCGCCGGCAAGGAGGGCGACGAGUCCCUCUUCCUCGACGGUAACCCAGCCAUCGACCGACCGCUCUUCGUGCAGUUCUGCGCCAACGACCCGGAUGACUUCCUCGAGGCAGCCCGCCAUGUGGCGCCGUACUGCGACGCGGUGGAUUUGAACCUCGGAUGUCCCCAGGGCAUCGCGAAGCGCGGACACUACGGGGCGUUCCUCCAGGAGGACUGGGACCUGAUCUACAAGCUGAUCAACCGCCUGCACACCGAGCUUCCCAUCCCGGUCACCGCCAAGUUCCGCAUCCAGGAGACCAAGGAGAAGACGCUGGAGUAUGCGAAGAUGAUCCUGUCCGCCGGCGCGAGCAUCAUCGCCGUGCACGGCCGACGCAGGGAGCAGAAGGGCCACAACACGGGCGUGGCGGACUGGAGCUAUAUCCGCUACCUGCGCGACAACCUGCCUCCGGAGACGGUCAUCUUCGCCAACGGCAACAAUCUCAACUACGACGAUCUGGACCGCUGUCUGGAAGCCACCGGGGCGGAUGCCGUAAUGAGCGCCGAGGGUAACCUGUCCGAUCCGUCGAUCUUCAGCAAGCCGCCUCCCGUCGGCAGCGAAGGCAGGGAUUACUGGCGCGGCCGGGACGGAAAGGGCGGAUAUCGCAUCGACGCCAUGCUGCGUCGGUAUCUGGAUGUGCUCUACAAGUACGUCCUGGAGCAACCGGUCCCUGAGCGGAAGCCGCUGUAUCUACCGUCCGACCCCGUGGAGGAAGAAGCCGCGCAGGAUUUGGAGGCCGAGGAAGAGGAUGGCCCACCCAAGAAGAAGCAGAAGCGCGAGAAGGGCAAGCGGGCGGCCUCCCCCAGUCUGGGAGUGAUGCAGGGCCACCUCUUCCAGCUCCUCCGUCCCAUGGUCUCCGUACACACCGACGUCCGCGACGCUCUGGCCAGAUCGCGCCCCGGCGACAUGGCCGCGUUCGAGCAUGUCCUGACGCUCGUCGAGAAGGCCGUCAAGAAGGGCCUUCAGGAAUACGAGGAGUUCCCCGAGCGCUUCGAGCGGUCCCCCGACGAGAAGCUGACGGGGUCCAAGGCGACUAUCGCGGAAUACGGCCGGCCCUUCUGGGUCUGUCAGCCGCAUAUCCGGCCCUUGCCGGAGGAGGCCGUCGAGCUUGGAGCUCUUACCGCCAAGGGGUCUGUGACCACCAAGAAGAAGCAGCAGCCCAACGGCACGACGGACGGGGCAGUCGAGGCGCCAGCCACCCCGGUUGCCGAUGGGUCUGCCACUCCUUCUGGAGACUCGAAAACGGUGUCAGCCAUGGCUACGCCCGAUCCUUUGGUGAGCGGUUGA